AUGAGCGGCCCUGAGGAGCGCAAUCUCAGCGAAUUUUACGCCUUGGGCAUCGAAGGAAGUGCCAACAAGCUUGGUAUAGCUGUUGUGCGUGGAGACGGGGUGCUCUUGUCUAACAUAAGAAAGACAUACUCGCCUCCGGAUGGCGAAGGAUUCCUUCCGCGGCACGUCGCCCGGCACCACCGGGAAAAUAUGGCAGCCACGUUGAAAGAGUCUCUUUCAACUGCAGGGAUCGACAUAUCGCAGAUUUCUUUGAUUUGUUACACCCGAGGACCUGGAAUGGGUUCAGCGCUACACGUCGGCGCCGUUGCUGCAAAAACUGUGCACCUCCUGACAGGUGCGCCGAUAGUUCCUGUCAAUCAUUGCGUCGGCCAUGUGGAGAUGGGCCGGUUUCUGAGCGGCUACAAAUACCCCGUAGUACUGUACGUAUCGGGGGGCAAUACGCAGGUGUUAUCCUUUGAUCGUCAGCGGCAAGUUUACGCAGUGCUGGGAGAGACACUGGAUAUAGCUGCCGGAAACGUGCUAGAUAGGUUGGCACGGCUGCUGGGGCUUCCGAAUAAACCGUCGCCAGGCCUCUCCAUUGAGCUCGCUGCUCGUGUACCGGGGGCGCGCAUGAUACCACUGCCUUUUGUGGUGAAGGGCAUGGAUUGUUCACUUAGCGGACUUUUGACUCGGUGCGAACAGCUGAUUGAGCGACAGAAAGAUAUGUUAUCAACGGGUACCUGUACGAAGGAGGAUUUCAAGAAUUUCACACGAGACCUCUGCUUCAGCGUACAAGAACACAUGUUCGCCAUGCUGAUAGAAAUCACUGAGCGCGCUAUGGCGUUUGUCGAGUCCAAGGAGCUGUUGGUAGUGGGCGGUGUAGGCUGUAACCUGCGUUUGCAGCAAAUGGCGUCGGCCAUGGCCGAAGAACGGGGGGCUAAGCUCUAUCCAAUGGACGAACGCUACUGCAUUGACAACGGCGCCAUGAUUGCUUUCACAGGUAUCUCCGAUUAUUUAUAUGGCCGUGGUGAAAAUGCGGUGCUUGCGCCGCAGGAUGUCACCGUAUGCCAACGCUACCGCACUGACCAAUGCCAGGCCUCGUGGAUAUAG